UUGAGUUUUUCAGGUUUUUCAGAGAAUUUUUAGAAAAAUUGUGAAAAUUUAUGGAUUUUUUUGUGAAAAUAAAAAAACCAUUCAAUCCCGAUGAAGAAGAAACUAAUUCCGAUGAGUAUAUCCUCAGAUGGCAGUAUGACAUUAUCAGCAGAUGGAAGAAUACCACAGAAACGUUAUUCCUCACCAAAGGACCUCCUUCCCUGGGAAUCUUGGGAGCAUUAUCCGGAAUCUACAUACACAAUCACUACCGGACAAAGUUAAAAUUAGGUUCCUAUGGGAGAGCGACUUCGUAUUUGCCGAUUGUGGUGUUGCCGGCACUGGUGGCACCUCUAGUUCAUAAAAUGGUUGUUCAAACACGCAUCCUCCUCAGUGACUACGACUGUCCAGUUUGCCUUGAAGUUCGCGGAGGCUUAGUUCACACAUCCCUGGCAGUGAUUUAUCCGGGACUCUUAGCUCCACUUGCAUCCUUCAUGUAUGCAAAUCGUCACUUUACGUACCGGAUCCCUUCAGUCACUGAAAGUCCCCGAGAAGUCUUCAAAUUGUGGGCAAAGCUUACCCGUCCUAUUGCCACCCCGCUCAUUGGACUCCUCCUGGCCAACUAUUUUGCCGCAAUGUAUGUCACCUAUGCUCAAAUCCGGGAUUUUCAUACAAUUAUGAUGACAGUAGAUAAGCAAAUAUCCCGCCUGGAGGAGAAAUUAUGAGUGCCCCAAAGAGAAUAAGUAAAAUGUAGUUAUUUUUUGGAAAAAGUAUGUCAUUUUAUUCG